AUGUCGGGGUCGCAGGCUCGACGCGCGGCGUCCCGGCUGUACGCCGCGGGCUCCCGCGCGUCCUCUUCCGUGAUCGCGCGCGCUCUCGGACUUGAUACCGCGCGAUCGGUGCUCACCCGCGGCUCGUUCGCGUCCACCUGGUCUCAUCGCGCGGCGCCCUUCAGCGCCUCCGCCCACGCGUCGGCGGCGGCGGACGAUCGCGCCUUGGCUCGAAACAUCGGCAUCUCGGCGCACAUCGACAGCGGGAAGACCACCUUGACCGAGCGCAUCCUCUUCUACACGGGCAGGAUCAACGAGAUCCACGAGGUGCGCGGGAAGGACGGCGUCGGCGCGAAGAUGGACUCGAUGGAGCUGGAGAGGGAGAAGGGCAUCACCAUCCAGUCCGCGGCGACGUUCUGCAAGUGGAAGGACAGCGACAUCAACAUCAUCGACACGCCGGGCCACGUCGACUUCACCAUCGAGGUGGAGCGCGCCCUCCGCGUCCUCGACGGCGCCAUCCUGGUGCUAUGCUCCGUGGGCGGGGUGCAGUCGCAGUCCAUCACGGUCGACAGGCAGAUGCGCAGGUACAACGUCCCGCGACUGUGCUUCGUGAACAAGUGCGACAGGACCGGCGCCGACCCGUGGAGGGUGCUGAGGCAGGUCCAGGAUAAGCUCAAGCUCAACGCCGCGGCGGUUCACAUCCCGAUCGGCCUCGAGGAGAACCACGCGGGCGUCGUGGACCUCGUGCGCAUGGAGGCGGUCACGUUCCACGGCCCCAACGGCAACGACAUCAAGAUCGAACCCAUCCCCAACGACUUGAAGGCUCUCGCUUCGGAGAAGCGUAAGCUUCUCGUGGAGGCCGUCGCCGAGGUGGACGAGGAGCUCGGCGAGAUCUUCCUCAUGGGCGAGGACCCGUCGGUGGACCAGCUCAAGGCUGCGAUCCGCCGCGCCACGAUCGCGCGGGAAUUCGCCCCGUUAUUCAUGGGUUCGGCGUUUAAGAACAAGGGAGUGCAGUUGCUCCUCGACGGGGUGGUGGAUUACCUCCCGGCGCCGCACGAGGUUGAGAACAAAGCGCUGGACCUCAACAAGGAGGAGGAGGAGGUUCAGCUCGUCUCGGACCCCAAGGCACCGCUCGUGGGGCUCGCGUUCAAGCUCGAGGAGGGACGGUUCGGUCAGCUCACGUACCUCCGAAUCUACCAGGGGAAAAUCGCCAAGGGCAACACGCUGAUGAACACGUCAACCGGGAAGAAGCUCAAGGUUCCCCGGCUGGUUCGCAUGCACUCGGAGGAGAUGGAGGAGGUCACCGAGGCGUCCGCGGGCGAGAUCGUCGCGCUCUUCGGCGUGGAGUGCAAGUCCGGCGAUACCUUCACCGACGGAACCGUCAACCUCGCGAUGACAUCGAUGAAGGUGCCGGAGCCGGUGAUGUCGCUCGCGGUGGCGCCGAAAUCGAGAGCCGAGUCUGCAAACUUUUCCAAGGCGCUCUCCCGGUUCCAGCGCGAGGACCCAACGUUCAAGGUGCGCCUGGACGAGGAGAGCGGGCAGACCAUCAUCAGCGGCAUGGGCGAGCUCCACCUCGACAUCUACAUCGAGCGAAUGAAGCGCGAGUACAAGGUUGAGGUUGACGUCGGCGAACCCAGGGUCAACUACCGCGAGUGCGUCACGCAAAAGGCGACGUUUGAUUACCUUCACAAGAAGCAGUCCGGCGGUAGCGGCCAAUACGGCCGCGUCGUCGGCUACGUCGAGCCCCUGGAGGAGGGUAACCAGGGCGUGGAGUUCGAGAACGGAAUCAUCGGCAACGCCAUCGCGCCCGGGUACAUCCUCGCGUGCGACAAGGGUUUCAAGGAGGCGGCGCAAACGGGCGGGCUCAUCGGUCACCCGGUUGAGGGAGUCAAGAUUGUGUUAACCGACGGCGCGAGCCACGCGGUGGACUCGAGCGAGAUGGCGUUCAAGCUCGCCGCCCUCGCCGCGUUCAGGCAGGUUUACGAGAAGGCCAAGCCGCGGAUCCUCGAGCCCGUGAUGAGCGUCGAGAUCACCGUGCCGAACGAGUUUCAGGGCACCGUCAUCGGGAACAUCAACCGAAGGAAGGGAACGGUGAAGGACAGCACGUCGGAGGGCGACGACGUGAUCAUCACCUGCGACGUCCCCCUGAAGAACAUGUUCGGUUACUCCACGGAGCUCAGGUCCAUGACCCAGGGCAAAGGAGAGUUCACCAUGGAGUACAACAAUCACCAGCCGGUGACCCAGGACGUGCAGGCGGAGCUCUGCCAGGAGUACGGCAAGAGGCAGAAGAACUGAUCGCCGCGGGGAGGUGGGGCGCGACGGCGGGAGCCCAUUCUUUCAAUUAAUUUAAUCCUCAGAUGAAUCG